AACGGAAAGAUCAUACCGUCGGUUAAAUUAAAUAAAGGAAUCACUCCGUCAUCUUCCACCACCGUCUCUCUCUCUCUAAAGUAAACAAAUACUUACUGAGCAGCAUGGCGAGUCUCUGUAUCUCAUCGUCCCGGAUCGUCUCUCUCCACCACCAGAAACCGUUUCUCUCUCUUAAACUCCGGCCUCGUUCUUCAGAUCUCUCCGGUAUUGGUCACGGCACGAGUGGUGUUUGCUUCAAUCCGCUAAGAGUAUCGAUAGAUCGCCAGCGAACCGCGACGGUGUCUACGAGAGUUGAGAAGCAGCGAAAGAGAGGAUCGAGUGUGGUCUGUUAUGCUGUUCCGAUGUCUGCUCAUAAUCUACAAUGGAUCUCCGCAAUUUCAUGCGUUGGAUUAAUGCUUGCAAGGGGUACCGGUAUUCACAAGUCCUUUGUUGUUCCACUAUUUGCUCUAACCGCACCAUCGGGCAUUAUCUCCUGGGCAAAGGGUGAAUAUGGCAUCUGGGCAGCAUUCCUGGCGCUUCUUGCUCGUCUCUUCUUUGCUUUUCCAGGUGAACUUGAACUGCCAUUCAUUGCAUUACUCUUGGCGAUUGUGGCGCCACAUCAAGUGAUGAGCAUAAGAGGGAAGCAAGAAGGGGCUCUCAUUUCUUUGGCGAUAUCGUGUUUUCUGGCCUUCCAGCAUUUCUCACGAGCAGGCAGCUUGCAGAAAGCGUUUGAGCAGGAUUCAGUUGUCGCCACUCUAGGCAUCAUUGGUGUCACAGUUGUAUCGAUCCUGUUCUUGAUAUAACUAUACUCGUGUGCAAAAAAGGACUGUCAUCUGUAAAUCACUGUAACAAUGUGUAUGAAGAAACAAUGUACUGUAUUUAUUUACUCAAUGUUACUCAAGUUAAUGUGCUUGUGUUUAUCCACUGUUUAUGAGAUGCUUG